GGUUAGAUGGGCCAAACCCCCUCGAUUCCCCUUCGAUCCACUUCUCCCCACGCGGUUCAGAACCCUCGAGGCUCGAGGAUUUGGCCGCCCGACACUCGCCAAGACGCCGCCGCCGACUCCUCCCCAAGACUACGCGCCGCUCGACGCCGGCGAUCUCCUCCGGCGUACUGGACUUCUCCCCGGUGAUAUGUUCUUAUUUUGACAGCCUGCCGCUCCGAUUCUUGGGAUCCAGUUGUCACGCCUAAUUUCGGUUCUCAAGCACCAAAAGAAGGCACAAUAAACAAGCCGAAUGGAUAAAUUUCUCCCAGGUUCUCAAUGCUAGAUGACCAUGACACCAAAAGAUGGAUACAUUUGUUUGCAUUAUCUUUGUUGCAAAAUGAUGUUGUGGCUGUGAUGAACUGUUUGCUGCGGAAGAUUAUGUUGUUAUGAUAAAUUAUGAAUGCUGGGAUUUGGGAUUCAAAGUCAUGCUGUUAUGAUAAAUUAUGUUGUUGCUGUGAUGAGAUAUUGCUUUCAAGUCAUGCAAAAUUAUGUUGCUGUUGGGAAAACUGCUGCUAAAUUAUGAGAUAUUGAUUUCAAGUCAUUUUUUCAGGUAAUUCUGUAGCAAAGAUAUAAGGGGAGUUAGUUACAUUGUAAAGAUUGGAUUUUUAAAUGUUCUACAUCAUGUUAUGUCAACAUGACAAACCCUUUCUACCAAAUAGAAAUUUUUAACAAAGAGGAUUGUGAAAGGAAGGGUUUUGAGGAUUCAAGGGGUUUUGAGGGGAUUGGGUGGAAGAGGGGGAUUCACCAAAUCCUCUGAAAUCCCCCCCUCCCAAAACCUCUACAAUCCCCUCCUAUCAAAUGAGGCCUAAGUCAAAUUCCUUCUCAAUCCCCUUCAAACCUCUCCAAUCCCCUUGGGAAAGGGAUUAAACGAACAGGCCGGACAGUCCCACUCGCACCGUGAACUGGAACACCCUCACACGAGCCUUCGUACGCCUCGGCUCUCCCCGCGCCGCGCUCUACGUGGCGAUCCACACGUUCCGCCACGGCGCGCAGCCCAAUGGCUACACCUUCUUGCUCGCACUCAAGGCGGCAGCCCAGGCUCAGGCCGCGCCCCCCACCUCCAGCUUGCGCUGCCAGCUCCACGCUGCCGCCUCCAAGCGCGGCCUCGCGCGUCACCCUUCACCGAGAGCGCUCUCACUCAUCAGCUGCUACGCCAAGGCUGGCGACCUGGAUGCCGCCCGCAGGGUGUUCGACGAAAAUCCGCACCGGGGACUCGGUUCGUGGAACGCCAUCAUAAGCGGCCUCUCUCAACCUGGGAAAUCCAGCGAGCCGUGAAAUUGUUUGUCAAGCUGCGGAGGUGUGGCGUGGUACCAGAUGAUUUGACCAUGGUGAGUUUCAUGUGGUCUUGCUGCGCCGUUGGAGAUAUUCGCUUGGUAGAGCAGCUGCACAAGUGCAUGUUACAAUGCAAGCGGUCAGGCCGGUUUGACGUGACUCUCUCCAACGCGUUGGUCGAUAUUAUGCCAAGUGCGGCCGCACAGACCUUGCAGGGAGGGUGUUCACGAGAAUGCCUCUCAAAUAUGUGUCGUCAUGGACAACCAUGAUUACAGGACUUGCAACACAUGGUGAGGAGCAGCGUGCACUAAGCAUGUUUGAUGAAAUGAGGAAUGAAGGGGUGCCGCCAAACAGGGUGACGAUGUUGGCAGUGCUCUCUGCUUGCUCACACAGAGGGCCGGUAGAUGCUGGGAUGGGCUUGCUGAAGCAAAUGGGAGAUGGAGAGAUUAAGGUAGCACCAACCGUUGAACACUACCGGUGUGUGGUUGAUAUGCUUGGUAGAGUUGGUUUGGUGGAUGAGUCGCGUGCCUUGGCGGAGCACAGAAUGCCGAUGAAGGCAAAUGUGGUGAUAUGGGGAUUGGGGAACAUUGCUUGGUGCAUGCGAGAAGCACUGCAAUGUGAAUGUUGGGAAGUUGGCAGCCGAGCAACUACUAGCGGCUGAGCCAUGGAAUGACGGGGUUUAUGUAGUGCUGUCCAACAUAUACGCUGCUGCUGGCAUGUGGGGUGAGCUAGAGAUGGUGAGGAAGAUGAUGUCGGAGAGGAAAGUUACGAAGUUCCCAGGCUGCAGCCUACAGCUCUGUAAAAUGGCCGCCGUUGAACUACUAAAGUUGCAUCACCAUGCUAAAAGGAAGCAUAGCCAAAAGCUUCUAGGAACACAAAUCCAGAACCUGGAGCAACAGGAAUGGGCUCCUUUGCUAAUGGCCAGAAUGGCUCGGAGCUUGGCAUCCAGAUGCCGGCCAUGGGGAGCAGCGCGGUGCCGGAGCCUCCCACAACAUCUGUAGCACCAAGAUGUCCACGGCUGGACAUGGCCAUGGUGGCAACCAGAGCUGCAGCCCUGGUGAUGGCGCUGCUCUCAAUGUCGCUCAUGGUCUCCGCCAAGCAACGGGGUAGUCUCAUCAUCUUUGGCAUCGAGAUUCCACUGUAUGCCAAAUGGUCCCUCUCUGAUUCGCUGAAAUCCUUGGUUGGGAUAUCUGCGGCAGCAGCUGCCUACUCCCUAGCACAACUCCUGUCGAUUGCAUACAAGGCCUUGAAGAAAGUUCCUGUGGUUUCAUCCAGGCGCUAUGCCUGGAUGCUGUUAGCUGGUGAUCAGGUCUUUGCGUACGCGAUGCUGAGCGCGGGGUCAGCGGCGGCGGCCGUCGCAAAUUUGAACCGCACCGGCAUCCGGCACACGGCGCUUCCCAACUUCUGCAAGCCCUUGCCACGUUUCUGCGACCUAUCAGCAGCCUCCAUCGCGUGCGCCUUUCUCAGCUGCGCCUUCCUUGCGGCAUCCGCCGUAAUCGAUGUGAUCUGGCUGUCAAAUCUGUGAGAAUAUGAGAUAGUACUAGAUGGUGGCAAACUAGUACACUCCUUCGCAGGGAGUUCAAAACUUUCCAGGGUGCUGCGCCUUUAGGACGAUGCGCCGAACCUGAACCUGUAAAGUGUCCUGAAGUCAUGUGAGUUCGCUGCUUGUGCAAAGUGGAGCCCCCUCGGUGCAAUGGAUGGCAUCACCUGGGAUGUUGAUUUGCA